CCCGCGAAGCCGCGGGGUUAGUGCUCCUCGACCGGGACGAAGUCAUCGGGUCCGCCGCGGGGCCCGGAGAGAGGCGCCUGCUUCAGAGGCGCCGCAAAGAUCGGAGGAGGACUACCAGCACAACGGCUGACCGAGGGCAGAGUGAAGACGCAGCAGCAGCAGCAAGUCAGACAGGACGUACACGGGAAGACGGACACGCAGACAGACAAAGAGCGACAGACACAAUCACAAACGAAUGCGGAACACACAUACACACGGCUAGCUGUCCAGGCAGAGGCAGGGGCAGAUGCUGCGGUAGGGGUGUGUGCCAUGGGCAGCGGCUGCAGCAGGUGCCGCUGCCUUCGGAAGCUGGAUUCCCCCUUCACUGGCAAGUGCAGUGCGCGCCUGGCGCUCCGAGCCCGUCCGGCCGAACUCGCCCGCGCCUCCGCUAUUUCAGUACAGAGGCGGCGAGCAACCGCGCCGCGGGCUCAGGAAGGAUCGUUCCUCCUCCUCCUCCUCC